UUACAAUGGCACACACGGCUGUUUCCGGACACUGUGUAACAUUGGGAAUUUGGGAAACAACGUGCUGCUCUUGAACACAACUCAUCCGUUUUAUUCAUCGCGGGUAAAUCUUUGCAGCAACACCCUGGACUCCUCGGCUGUUUCUGUAUCACACGAGUUAAGUCACAGUUCUUUAAGCCUGUAAGUCACCCAGGCUUAAUUUUUGUUUCCUAUAAAGCGUGUUCGUUUCGGCUGUUGUUGCUAACAACCGGCUACACAGUGGAACCGAAGCAGGAGGGAUGUCGCGCGGAGAGCUGCAAAAGCUGGACCCAGCUGUUUUCCAGAAGCAGUUACACAAACUGAAUUAUUGCAUGGAAAAAGAUGGGGAAAUCAGGCUGGGCUUUGAUGGUGACUUAGAUGCAUCAGAGACAAAGGAUGGUAAAGUCAAAUGGACUCAGGAAGAGGAUGAAAAUCUUAAAAUCCUGAUCAACAACUUUGGGAAAAAAGACUGGAAAACCAUUGCGAGUUUUUUACCAGGCCGGACAGAACUCCAGUGCAUGCAGCGAUGGAAAAAGUACCUGGAUCCUGACUUAAUCAAAGGCCACUGGUCCAAAGAAGAAGAUGAUAAGAUAAUAGAACUUGUGGGCAAGUACGGCACCAAACACUGGUCUACGAUUGCCAAUCACCUGACAGGACGGUUGGGGAAACAGUGUCGUGAGCGCUGGACUAACCACCUUGACCCACUUGUAAAUAAAUCUUCCUGGACAAAUGAGGAAGACCUCAUUAUCUACAAGGCCCACUCCCUCAUGGGAAACCGCUGGGCUGAUAUUGCCAGGCUGCUUCCUGGAAGUAGGACAGACAACUCUGUGAGGAACCACUGGAACUCUACUAUCAAACGUAAAGCAGAGCUGGGCUUAUUGAAAGAUGAAUCUGGCAGCAUUUCCCUUGACAUUCAGCAGUAUGUGGAUGGAGAGAUAGACUUCAAAUGUGAUGUUGUAUUAGAUGCUGAACCAGUAACUCCCACAGUGAUCAGUCUUGCGAUGGACAAGAAGCCAGCACAUCCAAAACCAAAGAAGAAGCUAACUGCCCCACUUCCACGAACUAUGACUCCCAGCCCCUCUUUACCCCACAGUUCAAGCUCCAGUCCGAGCUCAUCUUCAAGUGGAACACCAGCAGCAGCACCGGUCGACCAGAAGAAGCUUGUUGAUGCAGCACUUAAGAUGGUUGCUGAAGACAUGCUGCCUCUUAGUUUUGUUGAAGGUGCAGGCUUUAGGUCAUUUAUGAGUAUCAUUUGCCCAGAAUACAACAAACUGUCCCAGCGUGCGGUUGGUCUACAGCUCUAUGAUGAUGUGGAGCGAACCAUCAAGCCCCAGCUCAUCCGUGACCUCAAAUCUUGCCUGGCCAAGACCAAAGACAGGGAGGGUGCUAUUCAUGUCACUUGUGACCUGUGGGCAGGCAAUCUGUCUGAUCCAGUCGAGGAGCCCAUUGUUGUUGUGCAGCUCCAUUUUAUUAGUGAUUCCUGGCAGAUCCGUCGUCCCAUCGUGGCUUUUCGUCGACUGAGUGAUAAAAACCUUUGCGCUGCUGUUCCCAGGGAACUGGAAGGUGUUCUGCUGAGCUAUGGAAUCUUUCCUCACAGCAUCGGCUACAUGCUCACCAGUCAGGCCAAAGAAGCUCUGGCUAAUAACAGCUUGUUCUGUGACUACAAGAUCAUGUGUCCGUCCAACAGGGGAGACCCUGAUGGAGAUGACGUUGUGGCUUUUCUGUCAGACAAGAUGUCUGACACAGAGUCACCCUUUUCAGAGCUGCAGAUGGGGACUAGGACCAGUUGUGUGGCCAGUACAAUGCAGCUAGUGAUCAAGGAGGCGCUGAAGAACUCAAGAGUUGUGGAGAACCUGCUCUCACAGGUCCACAAUGUUGUGGGUUUUUUUAGGAGCAGUGCCUACUGGAGUGAGGUGCUGGUGAAGGAAUGUGGCCUGUCCUUGUGUCCCUCCUCCAGUAACUGUCGCUGGAACUCAUUGAUGGUGUCAUUACGUCGUAUGGUCCAGGUAACUGCUUGGAGUCCUGUCAUGACCGUUCUGGCUCAGGCUCGUAUAGAGGCUAAUGACUCGGCCAGUGCGCCGCCUCUUGUCAUGGUCAAGCGAGAGCAAGUCCUUGACAUCCUGGGCCUCCUGGAGCCCUUUGAGGAGGCCUUACAGGUGCUACAAGGAAAUGGUGUAACCAGCUCCUACAUCAUCCCAUCCCUCGUUGGCCUUGAUAAGACUUUAGAGAGCCGUGUUACCAACUACACACACUUCAGCAAGGCUCUACGCACUGGUCUGCACUCACACUUUCAGUCCUUGAUUCAUCAGCAGGACCUGGUACUAGCUGCUGUACUCGACCCUAGGAUAAAAAUGCAGCCAUUUGCUGAUGUCAAGCAGGAACAGACAGGUUUCCUAAUGCCACCAUCGAAGUCUGAGGCUCGCACCAUUGUAGACAUUGCUUUGGGAAAUCAAGAAGCCUCAGCUCCUCCAUCUGUGCAGACAGAAGAAGACAGUACAAACAAGGAGCCAAAUGAAAAAGAGGAAUGUCAAGACAACACAGUGACGGAGACGUCUUGUGAUUCAGACAGCAUCUGUGAAGGAGGCAAUGGGAAUGACCUCAAGCGCAAGUCCAUCUUCAGCUUCCUUCAGCCCCCUGCAAAGACCCUGAAGUUGUCAGAGCUGGACACGUACCUUUCUGAACCACUGUGGGAAAACGGCUCCAGUGUGAUGUACUGGAAAUCUGCCACUCGGUUCCCCCAGCUGCAGAGCUUUGCCAGAAAGCUGCUGGCUGUGCCGGCCACGUCCGGGGGCUUUGACCGACUUUGUCCAAUGGCUGCAUGUAUCGUAAGAGCCAAGAGGAAUCGCCUCCCCCCUCACACCACAGAGAGACUGCUUCUAUAUAAAAACUCUGUCAAGACCACUAAUGUCAGAAAGCCAGGUGCACUUAAACCCAAACCCUAACAGGCCUGAAUUUCCUUCUUUUUUUUUUUUCUUUUUUUUUUUUUGUGCAGAGUAUUUUGCCUAUGAGUUAUAAACCACAGGGGAACGCUUACUUCAUUUAUUCAACACCACAUCCCUUAUGGCAGGUUCUUUUAAGAUUAGACUACUGAAAUGAAUUCAAUAUCAGUUCAACACACUUAAAUAGAACAGCAAAGGUAUAUUUUUUGAAAUAUUAGACAUGAGGUUAGACUACUCAGGGUUUUAUUCUUGAUUAGUUAUACACUUGGGAACCAAUGACCUGCAACAAUGGUUUAGAUGCAGUUCAGACAAAGCUGAUGGUCAUACUAAAGGGUGGUUACUGUUCUCUGCACUCUUUGAAAACUAUCCAAUGAAAACAAGUUAAAGCCUCUCAUAUUCAACAAUGUGAAGGUAUUUCACCAUAUGAAAUUUAAGAUGCCUUAAGAGAACAGUGGAAGUCAUUUCAUGCUGUUUUUGGUAUCUCACACAAACAGUUGCAUGUGUGGAAAUUAAUUGAAAUGUAGGAUUUGAAGUUAUGAAACACUGAUGGAGUCAACAGUGAUCUUAAAAAGAAAACUAUGCAUCAGGCAUUACACCAGUCAGUUUCUUUUGUUGCAGAAAAUAUUUGAUUUUUGCACCUUAAAUGUGUUGGUGCCUCUAAUGUUUUCUUGUUAUGUUUUUUUGUUCAUGCUGGAGGCAGAAUGCAGAUGGGCUGUGCUAUGUCACUAGACAGGAAAUGGAAGAAGUUGCCUUUUAGAUUUUCUAGAGAAAAAAAGAGUUAUUUGUUAUUGUUACUGUUGGUUUAUAUUUGACACGUGAAAGGUGCCACAAAGGAUGCUCUGAAAAGCAUCAAUAUUUUGAGUUGUUUAUACUAUUGAGUACAGAGGUGUAUUACGAAGCAUAUAUUGUAUGAAACAUUCCAAAGUUUAAGGCAGUGAGGGGUGUUCAUUUUCAGUGUAUGCUUAAAGAGUGAACUGAAACAUUCUUUAGUCCGAAGACAUACAUGAGAGCCAUCCUCUUAUCGUUAGGGACAGUAGAAGUGUAUACAUGGCCAUAGUUGCAUUAGUUGACUGACCUCUUCAUCUUCAGAUUGAUGUUCAGAGAAUGUACAUUUAUAUUUAAAAUAAAUUUUUUUAGUUCUAUACACU